CUCGGCUGCGAGCCUGCGGCGGCGCGCGAACUGGGGGCCCUGGUGCCAGCGUCGCUUGCCACCUUCGCCAGUGGGGCUCCGGGCCCAACUAAAGGCCUCCAGAGUUCCGGGGGCCUGUCCCUAGAAGGUCUCUGAGCCGGGUCGCCAAGUACCCGGCGCAGCUCGAAAUAACCGAGGCGCCGAGGCCCACCAGAAGCCCCGCCCCUAGUAGGAGCUGGAAAGCUUCGUCGUGGCGGAAGGAACCUGAAGGGACUGCCCCUGCGAUGGGGCCCUAGGCCAUGGGUACGCCCGCGGGGGCUGGCCCGGCUGCCCUGCGCUUCGCCGCUGCCGCCAGCUGGCUUGUGGUGCGCAGACGCAGCGUGGAGCACUUUCCGCGAGUAUUAGAGUUUCUGCAAUGCCUGCGCGCUGCUGCCCCGGGCUUGGUUCGCUACCGGCACCACGAACGUCUGUGUAUGGGCCUCAAGGCCAAGGUCGUGGUGGAGCUGAUCCUGCAGAAUCGGCCUUGGGCCCAGGUUCUCAAUGCCCUGCAUCACCAUUUCCCUGAAUCCGGACUUGUAGUGCGGGAUCCCAAAGCCACAAAGCAGGAUCUGAGGAAGAUUUCAGAGGCACGGGAAACCUUUUGCCAGCAGGUGAAGCAGCUAGCAGAGGGCCCUGUAGAUUUGACUUCAAAGCUGCAGGAUCUUGCACAAGAAUAUGGGGAAUCCUUUCUUGCUGCUAUGGAAAAGCUGUUUUUUGAAUACUUGUGUCAGCUGGAAAAAGCACUUCCUGCACUGCAAGCACAGCAGCUUCAGGAUGUGCUCAGUUGGAUGCAGCCUGGAGUUUCUAUCACUUCUUCUUGUGCCUUGAACCAUUAUGCGGUGGACAUGAGGUGGCCACUACCAGAGUGCUCGCUUACUGAUUCAGUGGACAUGACAGAGCCCAUGGAGCAGAGUCCUCAGCAACCAAGAUUAGCACUCCACAAUCCUCUGCCAAAAGCCAAGCCUGAUCCAUACCUUCCUCAGGGAGCAGCCUUAAGGAAGCACCCAGAACUUUUAGCUGGCCACCACUUCAAUCUGGCCCCUCUAGGUCGGAGAAGAAUCCAGUCCCGAUGGACAUCCACUAAGGGAGGCCAUAAGGAGCGCCCCACAGUCAUGCUGUACCCCUUUAGGAAUCUGGGUUCACCAACCCAGGUCAUAUCUAAACCUGAGGAGAGAGAAGAACAAGGGACGCACAUGGCAGAUCCAGCAAGUGCUGUGGGCAAGAGAACAGGUUCCACUGCCAAGGGCCCGUCCCAGACACUAGGUGAAAGAGCACUGGAGAGCCCAGUUGACCUGUUUGCCUCAGAGCAAAAGGAGAAUUGCAUGGAUGAUCCCAUGAACCCCGUAAGACUGUCGUUAUCGCCCCCUAGGACGAUGACACCAGUGUGUCUUCCAUCUCUGUGCAGCUCUGUCAUUACCAUAGGGGACUUGGUUUUGGACUCUGACGAGGAAGAAAAUGGCCAGGGGGAAGGAAAGGAGUCUCUGGAAAACUAUCAGAAGACAAAGUUUGACACCCUGAUCCCCACCUUCUGUGAAUACCUCCCCCUUCUGGCCCCAGUGCAGCCCGUCCUAUGACCAUAUAGACAGCUCGAGACACUGGUGAUAGGACUGGAGUACCCUCUGCUUGUCUCCUUCCUCCUCAGCUCUACACAGUUUAUUGGGAAUACAGUGAAAGCCCAGUGGGUGGCCUGACUACACAUUGCUCAAAUUACUUUGUAUGUUUAGUGAUUAUUUUGGAUUUAUUGAAACACUGUUUUGGGUAUGAGGAGGGGAAUGAAGGCUGCUUUAAGGUCAGAGUGUGGCAUUCCUUAAAAACAGAACUGGCUUCUCUACGGCUAAAAGCAUAGAAAGGAAAUUUCCUUUGGCUAUUCUGAAAAUAUCUGUGUGUGUGUCUUCAUGCCAGAAUACACUUUGUACAUUCUCAUGCUGCUAUGUUACCUGCUGGGGGUCGGGACACUAGAAAGAAGACAUUUCAUGGGGAAAGUACUCAUUGUCCUUGCUUCUGCGGAGCCAACUGGUGGGGUGCUGCUUGCAGCACCCAGAUGCCGGGCCUUGUUCAAAAACUUCAGAAUCUCUUUACAUCAUUGGAUUGCUCUUUAUUACAGUAUUUGAAUGUAUAAACACUUUCUCUGAGCUUUCUACUCAUAAUGAAAGUGAUUAACAAAAUAUGAUUCUUAAAGCCUACCUCUUCCAGACUAAGGCCAUAUAAAACACUUAUAUGUGAACCAGCAUCUUUACCGCUUAUCUUCAGGAUGCUGGGUCCUCAGAUUUUGAAUUGAUUAUCUUACUUUCCUCAGCCUUUCUUCUUUAUUUCCUCCCCAUUGAGUGCCCUAGGCACUUGUGCAGACAGAAAAGUACAAGAUUACUGCAGGAGCCCUCAGGAGUAAGGUACCAGGAAAUAAUGAGUAAUAAGGAGCUGGCACAAGUGAGAAGCCCACUUGGGACGCCCUAUGGUGGGUGCUGAUACCUUGGGAAGGCAGAGCUGCCAGGGUCUAGCUCGCCUCACUGAAGAUGGGAUUCACCUGCUGGGUGACACGGAUGAAGGUAGUUCUCCGGCUCAGCUCCUUCAGCUUAGCUGCCCCCACGUAGGUACAUGUGGAGCGGACGCCUCCGAGGAUGUCCUGGAUGGUAUAUUUCACGUCCCCUUUAAAGGGCACCUCCACUGUCUUUCCUUCAGAGGCCCUUAGAGUAGGAAAAACUCCUGAAUUCCUUAAGCCCAGUGACUCUUCCCCAGUCUCUAGCAUUCUGACCCGGUUUACCACUUUUCUCCCAAGAACUGUACCAUCCAUCUCCCAGCAGCCACCCACUGCUGCUGGCCUCCAUGUGUACCUGUAGUCAGCUACGCCCCCAGGAUACUUCUUCAUGGCCACUUCAGAAGUCAUUCCAUAGAAGAGUUUGUACUUCUUGCCAUUUCUCUCGAUGAACUCACCACCUGACUCACUGUGCCCAGCCAGCAUGCCACCCAGCAUCACAAAGUCAGCCCCUGCCCCUGCCAGCAUCAAGAAGGGAAAGAGAUGAAUCUGUCUAGGUACCCACAUGUCCACACUCAGAAGCAACUCCUACCAAAUUCUCAGUCCUGAAAAUGAAUCUACCAUUUCCCUGGUUUUGUUUCCCUGGCUGGUCCCUCAUCCCCACAGGCCUGUUCUGCCCUGUCCUCUACUCAGUGAGCCGGAUUUCCUCAUGAAUUUAAAAAGAGAAAUCUGGAGAUGCUCUGCCUGGCUUGUGCUCUCUCCUUGCUACACUUGCCAUCUUCUAGUCAUUUCCUUUUACUGUGCCCAGAUGAGCAUGACUAACUACCAGUGUCUCAAGAGAAAAGUUUUCCAAGAUUAUUGUGAGCAGGGAUCCUCUGGGAAGCUGUGGAAUUGCAAGUUUACAGCCCUACUCCCCAAAGCCAAAUCUGACAUCUGGGGUGGGGCUCAGGCAUUGUCCAGCAAUCCAAAGGAUGGUGAGAUGGUCCUGGAGCAUACCUGCAGCCUGCUGGCUUGACCAGGUGACAUCAUAGGCUUCAGGGUGACCAGUUAAUAUUACAGAAUAUGAGUGGUUUCCUUAGCCUUUCUAGCCUGAUCCUAAACCCUCAGAGGUGGUCCAUCCUUUUCUACAGGAUCCUCCCAUUGUGCCCUCUCAACAUCCUUACCAAAAG